AUGCAAAAGCUCCAAUCCAGGCAAGUUUCGGCAAGUGGGGUCUUUGCGAGUGAGGCUCGGAGGAAGCUGAAAGCGCCGGUGUCAAGGUACGAGCUUCGAGUCUUCUGGCGGCGACUUGAUGAAGAUAACAGCGGGCAAGCAUCCGUCGAGGAGUUUGGGCGGCUCAUGUACAAGAUCGAACUUAGCCAGUGGCCGGAUCUGACCGAUGAUGAAAUUUGGCGAGUGGUUGGCGUGCUGAACCAGGCAGCUCACAAGUGGCACCGUGCGGGUGGCAAUUGGUUCAAGAUCUUCAACCAGAUCGAUGCAGAUGGAAGUGGCAAUCUUUCUUUCGAUGAACUGGUGCAGUGUGUCCGUGGAACCUAUCCUUGCCUGAGAGUACCGACCCGUGAUGUGAAAGAGCGCGAGCUGCAGGGACUUUGGAAGGCCUUGGACGACACGGGCAGCAUCGAGGUCCCUGUGCACCGGUUCAUGGUAUUCAUGCGGAGAUGGAGCGCCGAUGCAAGCUUUAAAGAGCAGAAGCAAAAAACCCCGGCCAAGUCGUCGUUGCCGCCCGUGUCCGAGCGGUCUGGCGCGGAGGUGCGCGGGGUGGCUCAGGCCCUGGAGCGAGCUUUGUCAUCGUACUACAUCGACAAGGGCUACCUCAGUGUCGCCAGUGCGUGUGAGGCGGCAGCGUGGCAGGGUGGUGCCAAAGUCAAUGACACCGCUUGCAGCUGGACACGCUUUUUCAUGGAGAUGGACAAAGACGGAAGCGGCCGCCUGUCUUACAGCGAGUUCGUGCGCGCGGUGUUCUCAAAGCUCAAGACCUGGAUGGAUCCCAAGGUCUCCCUCCCGGUUGGAGGAACUGGGCGCAAUGUGCAAUGUACCCAGAAUCACAGAGAGGCUGAAGGUGGAAUUGCUGCGCACGCUGAGGUAUGCAGCAGCCAUUGUUUGCUCUUGGACUCCAGAGACUAG